UAUCUAUUAUGGAUUUUAAAAAAUUUGGAUAAUUUUGUUUCUUAUAUUCUGUUAGAUUAUUUUAAAGAUUAUCUUUUUUCAAAGAUAUAUUUGUAAGUUAAAAUUAAAAUGUUUUAUAUUAGUCAUGAAUUUUCUUCAUUUCAAAUAAUUACUUAACUAAGUUAAUUAAUUGUUCGAUUUAUUAAUUGUUUGGUUAUGAGUAUCGUAUUCCAAUUUUAAAAUAUUUUACUUAAAUAUGUAUUUUUCUUUUUUAGAAUUCUUCAUCAUAUAUAAUUAUUAUAUAUGUGAUUGAGCGCUUUUUAAUUCUUUUAUCGUAAAAAUAAAUGACAGUAUUCCAUUAAAAAAAUGUGUUGUUUGUUAAAAACAAAGCUUAGGAAAAAUAUAGUUGGAAAAACUAAAGGUUUGAUAAAUGACAUGUUUUACACAGAAAAUCUUUUUUUAUUUAACAUUAUUUCAUAAUUUUACAAUGUAUAAAAAUUACGCGUCAAUAAUAACGAGAUGUAUCAAUUAAGAAUACAAUUGAGUAUCGAUUUGUAUGUUACGUAUCAGUUAAGAAUACAAUUAAGGCCCAGUUCCACAACUUACUUUAACCGGGGUUUAACUCAUUGAACUUGGUUUAAAAGAAAUGUUGCGUUCCACACUGCUUUAAACUUCGAUUAAAAUCGAUUUCCUGCGGUUAAAGUUAAACGCUGAAUUUUGGGCGUUUAAAGAAUAUAAACGAAGUUUAAUACUACAAUGGCACUGAUUUCAGUGUGAAAAUUUAUUCUAUAAUUUUUAAGUGUUUCAAAAUAAUAAAAUAAAAUAAUUGGUGGAAAAUAAUUGGUGAGAAUUAGCAAUGGCUUUAGAAUAUGUGUUAUCUUCUGAAGACGAAAAUUUUAUAGAAAUAAAAAAUCGACGCCCGAAAAAAAUAAGAAGACGACCAUCAUAUUUUGAAGAAUUUGAUAAUAUUGAUUUUCAUGCGCGAUUUCGUUUAUCCAAGAAAUCUGUUACUAUAGUAUUAACAGAAAUUGAACAGGAAAUUUCUCAUAAAACAGAACAAAACCAUGCCAUAUCUCCAAUGAACCAACUCCUUCUAACAUUGAGAUUCUAUGCAACUGGGAAUCAUUUACUAUCAGUAUCAGAUUUUUCAGGAGUGAGCAAAACAAGGUCUCACAGAAUUAUUCAUCGAGUGACUAAUGCUAUUGCUCGUCUUCGACCAAGAUACAUAAAGUUUCCUAUGCUUGCUGAAGAAAUAAAGAGAGAACAAAUCAAGUUUUUCGAUAUUGCACGAUUCCCAAGAGUAAUAGGUUGCAUAGAUUGUACUCACAUAAAAAUACAAUCAUUCGGUGGAAACGACGCCGAAUAUUUCAGAAAUAGAAAAGGAUACUUUUCUAUAAAUGUUCAAGCAAUUUGUAAUGCUAAUUUAGAGAUAACAGAUAUUGUGGCCCGUUGGCAAGGAUCAGUGCAUGAUGCUACAAUAUUUAACAAUUCCAGAAUACGAGCCUUAUUCGAAGGUGGAAUGUUUGAAAAUUCUUUGCUUUUAGGUGAUGGUGGUUAUUCUGUUCGUCCAUAUUUUAUGACUCCUUUACAAAAUCCACGCACUCGGGCAGAACAGUUAUAUAAUGAAUCGCAUAUACGAACACGCAAUACUAUUGAGCGUGUAUUCGGAAUAUGGAAGAGGAGAUUUCCUAUUUUAGCACUUGGAUCUCGAUUUCAAAAAGUGGAUAAAGUAUUACCUAUUAUCGUUGCAACUGCUGUGUUGCAUAAUAUUGCUCGACGUGCUGGAGAUCCAUUACCAGCAGAUGAUCCUACAUUACAAUUGCCUGCUCCAUGGGAAGAUAUUUUACAAAAUGGAAAUAUACCUUGUCGAAAUGAUAGGCUCGAUAAUAAUAACAUGCGGCAUGUAUUAAUCAACGAUUAUUUCCAAAGUUUAUUAUAGAGUAAUCAGUUUUGGUGUUAAAAACAAAUAUAGCCUUUACACAAAUUUGACGAGAAUAGGUCAUUUUUAUAAAAACGGAUCAUGACUUUAUUAAAUGUCACAAAACAUCCACUGACAUUAGAUAUAAGAAAUGUUACAUUUUGAAUGAUCCAAUUAUAAAAUAUAUAGGCUAUUGCAAAAAGUAUCUUAACAAAGUUGAAUUAUCUGGAUAUCAUGAGAAAAAAUAAACAAAAAUUUUAUCAAAUAUAAAACUUUUAUUUAUGUAUAUAUAACAAUAUGUAUGUAUAAUAACAAAAUAAAUACUUAUUUCUACAU